AUGAACCCAAUAAAACCAGGGAGUUCUCUGAAACAUGUUCCUUUGUUUCCAACCAUGGUAAACAACACAAUCGACUUGUUUUCCUCCACGGAAGGAAUAAGCAUGCUUCUGUCCCCGUUAACAGUUUUUGUUCUACAAGCAGUCUUGAGCACUGGUUCAACUUGUCCCCCACCGUAUUUGCAAAUAGAUUCGGACUUGUGUGUUGUAAAGGUGGAACAGUCAGGAUCAUUUUGCAGUGCCUGUGAGAUGUGCAAACGGUAUGGCGCUGCACGUGGUCAUUUGACAUUUCUCAUUGGUCGAAAUACCCGUCGAGUGAUGCCUCACCUGCCUAACUGCACCAAUCUCUGGCUCGGAUUCAACUGGUUUCUAACAACAAUGAAUCGCUCCUCUGUCGGAUGGCACGAUGUUGACCCGCGAACACCACAAUACACAACAAAGGGGGAGGAAAUUCUAUGGGAUCUCAAUGAUCCAUCGGGUACGGAGCCCGUAGUUGUCUCCAGAUGUCUGACAAAAACGAUGUUCGGUUGUUCAGUUCUGUGCAAGUUGGUGCCCUUGAGCGUCUAUUGUGAAUACGGUGGUCAGCUGCCCAUUGAAAAUCGGCAGCAACUAUAUCGCUCGGACUUUCCUGUGCAGCUAAAAGAUAACUUUAUCCUUCCUUCAACGAAGUUUCUAGGAUGCUACCAAGAGAUACCGACAAAUUCGAUGAUAGAAUGUGCACACAAGUGUACGGUGAAUAUGCAAUGCAGAUCCUUCUACUUUGGGCAGUAUAAUCUACGCUGUGUCCAUACGUUGCACGCGGAUUCCCUCCUACCCUCAGUGUUCGUGAUGAAGGCGGCGGACUGGAAGCGAUUUGCCAAGAUCCCAUAUCCGGACAGUCGGCAGAUAAAACAUGAACCAUAG